AUUCUGCGCGCAAUGGCAGCGGCGGCUGCAUCCCCGCCGGCGGCGGCUGCAGAGGUGGCGGCGGUAGCCACGGCCACCGCGGACGCUAUUGUUCCCUGGUGUUAGUCGCGCUUUCCCUCCUUCUCAUCUGAAGCAAACAAUAGCAGGAAAGAGCUUUGUUUUUUGUACUCUUUGGGAAGACGUUCCGAGAGCGGAGAAAAAUUCCCCGGCGAGCGUGCUGCGGCUCCGGCCCCUGGAGCGGCUGCGGGCGGCAUGGGGCUGCGAGCGGAGCGCUCGGCGUCCGGGAGCCGGAGCGCCGCGGGGCCGCGCCGGGGCGUCCUGCAGCUGUCGCUGCUGCCGCUGCUCCUGCUGCCGCUGCUCCCGGGCGCCCGCGGGGCUGCGGCGCAGGGCGAGGCGGAGGCGCCCACCCUCUAUCUGUGGAAGACUGGUCCGUGGGGCCGAUGCAUGGGCGAUGAGUGCGGCCCGGGAGGCAUCCAGACCAGGGCCGUGUGGUGUGCGCACGUGGAGGGCUGGACCACGCUGCACACGAACUGCAAGCCGGCCCAGAGACCCAAUAACCAGCAAAAUUGUUUCAAAGUCUGUGACUGGCACAAAGAGUUGUACGAUUGGAGGCUGGGGCCCUGGAAUCAGUGUCAGCCCGUGAUUUCAAAAAGCCUGGAGAAACCCCUUGAGUGCAUUAAGGGAGAAGAAGGCAUUCAGGUGAGAGAGAUAACGUGCAUCCAGAAAGACAGGGACAUUCCCGCCGAGGAUAUCAUCUGCGAGUACUUUGAACCCAAGCCUCUGCUGGAGCAGGCCUGCCUCAUCCCUUGCCAGCAGGACUGCAUCGUGUCCGAGUUUUCUGCCUGGUCGGAAUGCUCCAAGACCUGUGGCAGUGGGCUGCAGCACCGCACGCGCCAUGUCGUGGCACCCCCGCAGUUCGGGGGCUCCAGCUGCCCCAACCUGACCGAGUUUCAGGUGUGCCAGUCCGGGCCUUGUGAAGCCGACGAGCUCCUGUACAGCUUGCACGUGGGGCCCUGGAGCACGUGUUCAGUGCCCCACUCACGACAAGUCAGACAAGCGAGGAGACGUGGGAAGAAUAAAGAUCGGGAAAGAGACCGAGGCAAAGGAGUCAAGGAUCCAGAGGCCCGUGAACUUAUUAAGAAAAAGAGAAACAGAAACAGACAGAACCGGCAAGAGAACAAAUACUGGGACAUCCAGAUUGGGUACCAGACCAGGGAGGUUACCUGCAUUAACAAGACGGGGAAGGCAGCUGAUUUGAGCUUUUGCCAACAAGAGAAGCUGCCAUUGACCUUCCAGUCCUGUGUGAUCACCAAGGAGUGCCAGGUUUCUGAGUGGUCAGAAUGGAGCCCCUGCUCAAAAACGUGCCAGGACGCAGCGUCCCCUGCUGGCACUCGGGGAAGGACUCGCACCAUCAGGCAGUUUCCUAUUGGUGAUGAAAAGGAGUGCCCCGAACUUGAAGAAAAAGAACCCUGUUUGUCUCAAGGAGAUGGAGUUGCCCCCUGUGCCACGUAUGGCUGGAGAACUACAGAGUGGACAGAGUGCCGUGUGGACCCCUUGCUCAGUCAGCAGGACAAGAGGCGUGGCAACCAGACGGCCCUCUGCGGAGGAGGCAUCCAGACCCGAGAAGCCUAUUGUGUCCAGGCCAACGAAAACCUCCUCUCCCACUUAAAUACCCACAAGGGCAGAGAAGCCUCAAAACCAGUGGACUUGAAAUUAUGCACUGGCCCUGUCCCUAAUACUACCCAGCUGUGCCACAUCCCUUGUCCAACUGAAUGUGAGGUUUCACCUUGGUCAGCCUGGGGACCUUGUACUUACGAAAACUGUAACGACCAGCAAGGCAAAAAAGGCUUCAAAUUGAGGAAACGGCGUAUUACCAAUGAGCCCACAGGAGGCUCUGGGGGGACUGGAAACUGCCCUCACUUACUGGAAGCCAUACCCUGUGAAGAGCCAUCCUGCUAUGACUGGAAAGCGGUGAGGCUCGGAGACUGUGAACCAGAUAAUGGAAUGGAGUGUGGUCCAGGCACUCAAGUACAAGAGGUUGUGUGCAUCAACAGUGAUGGAGAAGAAGUUGACAGACAGCUGUGCAGAGAUGCCAUCUUCCCCAUCCCAGUGGCCUGUGAUGCCCCCUGCCCAAAGGACUGUGUGCUUAGCGCGUGGUCUACAUGGUCCUCCUGCUCACACACCUGCUCGGGGAAAACCACAGAAGGAAAACAGAUACGAGCACGGUCCAUUCUGGCCUAUGCAGGUGAAGAAGGUGGAAUUCACUGUCCAAAUAUCAGUGCUUUGCAAGAGGUGCGCAGCUGUAAUGAGCAUCCUUGUACUGUGUACCACUGGCAAACUGGUCCCUGGGGCCAGUGCAUCGAAGACACCUCAGUAUCGUCCUUCAACACAACUACAACUUGGAACGGGGAGGCCUCCUGCUCCAUAGGCAUGCAGACAAGGAAAGUUAUCUGUGUGCGAGUCAACGUGGGCCAAGUGGGACCCAAAAAGUGUCCUGAAAGCCUCCGGCCUGAAACGGUGCGGCCUUGCCUGCUUCCUUGUAAGAAGGACUGUAUUGUGACCCCAUACAGUGACUGGACAUCAUGCCCCUCCUCAUGUAAAGAAAGGGACUCUGGAGUCAGGAAGCAGUCUCGACAUCGGGUCAUCAUUCAGAUGCCAGCGAACGGGGGCCGCGACUGCACAGAUCCUCUCUAUGAAGAGAAGUCCUGCGAGGCACCUCCAGUGUGCCAAAGCUACAGAUGGAAAACUCACAAAUGGCGCCGAUGCCAAUUAGUGCCUUGGAGCGUGCAACAGGACAGCCCUGGAGCACAGGAAGGAUGUGGGCCUGGACGACAGGCAAGAGCCAUUACUUGUCGCAAGCAAGAUGGAGGGCAGGCAGGCGUCCACGAGUGCCUCCAGUAUGCAGGCCCCGUGCCAGCCCUCACCCAAGCCUGCCAGAUCCCCUGCCAGGAUGACUGUCAAUUGACCAGCUGGUCCAAGUUUUCUUCAUGCAAUGGAGACUGUGGAGCAGUUAGGACCAGAAAGCGUACUAUUGUUGGAAAAAGUAAAAAGAAGGAAAAAUGUAAAAAUUCCCAUUUGUACCCCCUGAUUGAGACUCAGUAUUGUCCUUGUGACAAAUACAAUGCACAGCCUGUGGGGAACUGGUCAGACUGCAUUUUACCGGAGGGGAAAGUGGAAGUGCUCCUGGGAAUGAAAGUACAAGGAGACAUCAAGGAAUGUGGACAAGGAUACCGUUACCAAGCAAUGGCAUGCUAUGACCAAAACGGCAGGCUUGUGGAGACAUCCAGAUGUAACAGCCACGGUUACAUUGAAGAGGCCUGCAUCAUCCCCUGCCCCUCGGACUGCAAGCUCAGCGAGUGGUCCAACUGGUCGCGCUGCAGCAAGUCCUGUGGGAGCGGCGUGAAGGUUCGUUCUAAGUGGCUUCGAGAAAAACCCUAUAACGGAGGAAGGCCUUGCCCCAAACUGGAUCACGUCAACCAGGCACAGGUGUAUGAGGUUGUCCCCUGCCACAGUGACUGCAGCCAGUACAUUUGGGUCACAGAGCCCUGGAGUCUCUGCAAGGUGACCUUUGUGAAUAUGCGGGAUAACUGUGGUGAGGGCGUGCAAACCCGAAAAGUAAGGUGCAUGCAGAAUACAGCAGAUGGCCCUUCUGAACACGUAGAGGAUUACCUCUGUGACCCAGAAGAGAUGCCCCUGGGCUCUAGAGAGUGCAAAUUACCAUGCCCUGAAGACUGUGUGAUAUCUGAAUGGGGUCCAUGGACCCAAUGUGUUUUGCCUUGCAAUCAAAGCAGUUUCCGGCAGAGGUCAGCUGACCCCAUCAGACAACCUGCUGAUGAAGGAAGAUCUUGCCCUGAUGCUGUGGAGAAGGAGCCCUGUCACCUGAACAAGAAUUGCUACCACUAUGAUUAUAAUGUCACAGACUGGAGUACAUGUCAGCUGAGUGAGAAGGCAGUGUGUGGAAAUGGCGUUAAAACAAGGAUGUUGGAUUGUGUUCGAAGUGAUGGCAAGUCGGUUGACCUGAAAUAUUGCGAAGAGCUCGGCCUGGAGAAGAACUGGCAGAUGAACACGUCCUGCAUGGUGGAAUGUCCUGUGAACUGUCAGCUUUCCGACUGGUCUCCUUGGUCAGAAUGUUCUCAAACAUGUGGCCUCACAGGAAAAAUGAUCCGAAGACGAACAGUAACCCAGCCCUUUCAGGGUGACGGAAGACCAUGCCCUUCUCUGAUGGACCAGUCCAAACCUUGCCCCGUGAAGCCCUGUUAUCGGUGGCAAUAUGGCCAGUGGUCUCCAUGCCAAGUGCAGGAGGCCCAGUGUGGAGAAGGGACCAGAACAAGGAACAUUUCCUGUGUAGUGAGUGAUGGCUCAGGUGAUGAUUUCAGCAAAGUGGUGGAUGAGGAAUUCUGUGCUGACAUUGAACCCAUUAUAGAUGGUAACAGAAACAUGGUUCUAGAGGAAACCUGCACCCAGCCUUGCCCAGGUGACUGUUAUUUGAAGGACUGGUCUUCCUGGAGCCUGUGUCAGCUGACCUGUGUGAAUGGUGAGGAUCUAGGCUUUGGUGGAAUACAGGUCCGAUCCAGAGCAGUGAUUAUACAAGAACUAGAGAACCAACAUUUGUGCCCAGAACAAAUGUUAGAAACAAAAUCAUGUGACGACGGACAGUGUUAUGAGUAUAAGUGGAUGGCCAGUGCUUGGAAGGGCUCUUCUCGAACAGUCUGGUGUCAGAGAUCAGAUGGUGUAAAUGUAACAGGGGGCUGCUUGGUGGUGAGCCAGCCUGAUGCUGACAGGUCUUGUAACCCACCGUGUAGUCAACCCCACUCCUUCUGUAGCGAGACAAAAACAUGCCAUUGUGAAGAAGGGUACACCGAAGUCAUGUCUUCCAACAGCACACUUGAGCAAUGCACACUUAUCCCCGUGGUGGUGAUACCUACCGUGGAGGACAAAAGAGGAGACGUGAAAACCAGCCGGGCGGUCCAUCCAACCCAGCCCUCCAGUAACCCAGCAGGACGGGGAAGGACCUGGUUUCUACAGCCAUUUGGGCCAGAUGGGAGACUAAAGACCUGGGUUUAUGGUGUAGCAGCUGGGGCAUUUGUGUUACUCAUCUUUGUCGUCUCCAUGAUUUAUCUAGCGUGCAAAAAGCCAAAGAAACCCCAAAGGAGGCAAAACAACAGACUGAAACCUUUAACCUUAGCCUAUGAUGGAGAUGCCGACAUGUAACCUAAAACUUUUCCUGCUUUUCCUGAACAACCAGAUUUAGCUUUCUGAUUUCAUAAUAAAUAUCCAGAGACCACAAAAGUAUCUCAACUGUGUGGAUCGAAAUGCAUUUUAACUAUUUAAAAGAACAUCAUAAAGAAAAGAGUGAAUAGUAUUCAGCCCCUGGAUAUUCAAGACAGUAGUACUUACAUAUAGACCAUCAACCCUGAGAAGUCUGGAGAUUUAGUUGAAUAUAUGCUGCGUUCCCAGAGUUUUAUAUCAUCUUUUCUGAAAUCACCAACUAAAAAAACACUUUGAUCUCUGAAAAAAAUAAGGGUGGAAUUGGCCAGUUAGGAUGCCUGACACAAGACGUCUACAGCGUUAACUUGUAGAACUUUCUAGCAUGAAGGGUUUAUACAAAGAUCUCUACGCCACUAUAGUCAAGCAUAACAACAUGUAUACUCAAUUGAAUGAUACACAUUAUUAUGUCAGAUUAUGUACUCAUUUAUAAGUAAUUAUAACAAUGAAUAUGAAAUAAGCUCUAAGAUAAGCAGAAAACAUGUUAAAUAAGUUCAGCAUCUUGGUGGUUGAUGGUAGCUUUUGUCGACCCGCAUUUCAGAGACAGAGACUCUUUUAUAAGACUUCAUUGUUGUCUCUCUCCAAAGUAUGAAUGCUGGACACGUACUAGUAUCUUAGAAGGAAGAGACAUCAAGUUCAGUAUUUUAUAGUUGUUAUUGUCUGAAAAACUAAUUUACUUGUGUUAAUAUAAUACGUUUCUACUUUCCCUAAUUUCAAACUGGUUGCCUGCAUCCUUUUUGCUAUACAAAAGGCACAUUUUUGCACUAUAUUAGUGCAGCAUGAUAAGCACUUAACCAGUAUUGCCAUAGAAACUGCCUCUUUUCAUAUGGGAUGAAGACAUCUGUGCUAAGACCGUCAGAGACACAUUUGCAAGUUCUUGUAUCCUGAAGAGAGUCCAGUUCAGUUUGGAUGGCAACAGGAUGGAAUCAGCCACUACACCUGCUGUGUACCCUCUUCCUCAUCACUGCAGCCAUUGUGAAAUCAACAACAUGGCAGUAAUUUAAGUGUUAAAGUCCCUAACCCAUUACCCUCCAAAAGGUGGAUCUCUCUAGUUGGUUUGUAAUUGUUCUUCGAAGGCCGUUUAUGACUAGAUUUUUAUAUUUGUUAUCUUUGUUAAAAAAA